UUCUGGAGAGAGAGGAAGUCCCACUAUCCAUCCGUGCAUCCAUUAGUCCAUCUGUCUUACCCUCCAUCCAGCAGCGUAGUCGUCUCCCCGUGCCUUUUGUUUUGGAUUUUGGACCUGUGAAGACCUGAGGUCAGCACAAGGGUCGGCAGAAUAAUUGGAAGUUGCAGCAGGGUUGGAUUUGUUUUUGGAACCUGUGCAUGUGCCUUACCUGGAAGAAAUAAAAUCACACUGCCCGAUAAUGGAAGUCGUGUGAAGACUGAAGUUUACUCCUAUUUUUGUGGGAUUGUGCUGAUCCGAGAGAGCAAGCAAGAAAAAGAGACGUCAAUAAUGGGGGGGACAGAAAUCAGAUUAAGAGCCUCGGAGAGGGAGGCGUAGAAAAAUGGCGAUGCUCUAUUGUGAUCCCAUGUGCACAGAAGUGACCUUUGACACUGGAGACAAAAGCUUUCUAGUUUCUUUUGUAUGCCGGGACAUCCAGCUCAGCUGACAUCGAAUCAUCAUCAUUCAAACUUGCUAUGUUUCAACUUUCUUCCUUGACCUACAUACUUUUUGGUUCUUUUGUGAGCUCUGAAAAUAUGGGUUUACUGAACUAUUUUCUUAAUUUUGUAUAUUAAUAUUCCAGCUUUUAAAUUGGGCAUCAGAUGGCAUCUUUGUUUUCACUUGGAAAGAAGGUUUCACGUUGUUUCCACAUGAGCCCAAAGUCAGUGUUAACUGUAAAUGUUUUUAAGAUGGCAUAUUUAACCUAUAGUCACAUGCUCAUGCUUUUCUAUUUUUUGCUAUCCUUUCGGUUUGGACUUUCACAGAUUCUCUAAUUGUUACUAUGGAUCUUUACAUAUUUUAGCCUGCUUGGUGACAAAGCCAGCCUCUUUUUUCCCGUCUUGAUGGGCUUAAAAUUUGGACUAUACAUGACUGUCUUUCAGAAGGCUGUACAUUGGACCUUGAGAUUUUUUCUGAACAAAUAAUCUAUCAGCGUACGGCAGCUGCAGGGAUGAACUGCUGGAGUCUGGGAAAAGCUGGGAAUACCAUUAAAUUAGACAGAAGUGGGCCAUACAGCGGGAGGCUGAUGAUGCUGAUGUGGAUUAUCCUCUCCAGCUCGCUGUGCCUCAUGACUGAUGGUCAAAUGAAGAUCUCACCAGAAACGGUGCAGCAGUGGGCCGUGUCAUUUGGCAAAGAGAUAACUGCUUUGUCCACCAGGUACUCUGGAGCUAAACUUCUGCAGAAGAAAUACAAGGAUAUUGAAGGUGCAGUGAAGAUAGAGGAGGUGAAUGGAGACGAACUGGUGAAAAGAUUUGCGGAAGAAAUGGAAGAGAUGCUUGGGAGGAAGAUGAAAGCUGUUAAGAGAUUAGCAGAAGCAGCAGAGGAUGCAGAUCUGGACCAUGAGUACAAUGAAACACUUGAGUUUGAUUAUUAUAACUCCAUGUUGAUCAACACUGUGGAUGAGGAUGGGAAUCCAGUCCCACUGGGUGGAGAAUUCCCUUUGGAGGAAAACGAACAUUUUAAUAAACUGCCAGUCAACAUACAGCAAAGUAACAUACAAGUUCCCACAAAUGUCUACAACAGAGAUCCUGAUAUUCUCAAUGGAGUCUACAUGUCUGAGGCUCUGAAUGAUGUUUUCGCUGAUAACUUCCAAGAGGAUCCAACUCUCACCUGGCAGUACUUUGGCAGUUCUACGGGCUUUUUCAGGCUAUAUCCAGGCAUCCAAUGGACUCCAGAUGAAAACGGUGUUGUCACAUUUGAUUGCAGAAACAGAAACUGGUAUAUACAAGCAGCCACAUCUCCUAAAGAUGUAGUAAUUGUCGUGGAUGUCAGUGGCAGCAUGAAGGGACUCAGACUGACAAUAGCCAAGCACACCAUUAAUACAAUCCUGGACACCCUGGGAGAAAAUGACUUUGUUAACAUCAUAGCUUACAGUGACUAUGUUCGCUACGUGGAGCCCUGCUUCCAGGGCACGCUAGUACAGGCUGAUCUGGAUAACCGAGAGCAUUUCAAGCUUUUGGUGGAAGAGCUUCAUGUGAAAGGAGAGGGCAAAGUAAAAAAAGCAAUGAAGGAGUCUUUCAGGAUUCUCAAUGAGGCUACUGCACUGGGGCAGGGCAGCCUGUGUAACCAGGCAAUCAUGCUGAUAACAGACGGAGCCAUGGAGGACUUCCAAGAUGUUUUUCAAGAGUUUAACUGGCCGGAACGACGGGUUCGAGUGUUCACCUAUCUGAUUGGACGGGAGAUGACGUUUGCUGAAAAUGUCAAAUGGAUUGCCUGCAACAACAAGGGUUAUUACACACACGUUUCAACACUGGCUGAUGUCCAGGAAAACGUUAUGGAGUACCUCCAUGUUCUGAGCCGGCCAAUGGUCAUCAACCACGAUCAUGACAUCAUUUGGACUGAGGCCUAUAUGGACAGUGUGUUCCCAAGUACAAAAAAGCUGUUCAACACUCAGGCACAAAGCCUGCUCCUGAUGACCUCAGUAGCCAUGCCUGUGUUCAGCAAGAAGAGAGAGACUUUAUCUCACGGGAUUCUACUGGGAGUAGUAGGAACUGAUGUUGCCUUGAGAGAACUGAUGAGAUUAGCUACAAGAUACAAGCUGGGUGUUCAUGGCUACGCCUACCUCAUCACCAAUAAUGGGUACAUCCUGUCUCAUCCUGACCUGCGACCUCUGUAUAAAGAGGGUAAGAAGCUAAAGCCUAAACCCAACUACAACAGCGUGGAUCUGUCAGAAGUGGAAUGGGAAGACAGCGAAGAAAAACUGAGGACCGCCAUGGUUAAAGGAGAAACCGGAAACUUGUCUUUAGAUGUGAAAACUUCAGUCGAUAAAGGAAGAAGAGUGAUGUUCCUGAAGAAUGAUUACUACUAUACUGUCAUCAAUGAGACACCAUUCAGUCUGGGUAUAGUGUUGAGUCAAGGAUAUGGACAGUAUAUCUUCAUAGGAAAUGUCUCUGUUGAGGAGGGUCUUCACGACUUAUUGGCUCCUGAUCUGACCAUAGCCAACGAGUGGACCUACUGUGAGACAGACAUUGACCCAGCACACCGCAAGCUGAGUCAGCUUCAAGCUGUGGAACGAUACCUCACGGGCAAAGAGCCAGAUCUGGAGUGUGAUAUGCAGCUGCUGCAACAAACGCUGUUUGAUGCUGUGGUCACGGCUCCCAUGGAAGCUUACUGGAACGCCCUUAUGCUCAACGUAUCCGGUAUGGAUGAGGGAAUUGAAACAGCAUUCUUAGGGACCCGUUCAGGCCUCAUAAGGUUUCUGAGGUAUACCGGUAUCGAGAAAAGAAUUGGCAAGUCUUUCCUGACCUCUACAGACAAGGAGAAUAUGUUCACCCUGGACCAUUUCCCAGUGUGGUACCGCAGAGCAGCUGAGUACCCAGCUGGAAAGUUUCUAUAUUACAUGCCCAGACAGGACACUAGAGCAGGGAGGAUCGUGAUUGCUGCCACUGCUGUCACUGUGACGGUGGGCAAGAAAACUGCACUUGCUGGAGCCAUCGGGGUCCAGAUGACUCUGGAGGUGAUUGAAUCCAGAUUUUGGGGCAUUGCAGCACAGCCAAAUGACACAGAUUGCUCAAAUGUGGAGGGGAUUUGUCCUCUUCGCUGUGACAGCUUAGAUAUCGCGUGCUAUGUGAUUGACAAUAAUGGCUUUGUCUUCAUUUCUGAACAGCGCAAUGACGCGGGAAGGUUCUUUGGCGAGAUUGAUGGCUCAGUGAUGACCACAUUGAUCAGGAUGGGCAUGUUCAAAAGGGUAUCCUUGUUCGACUACCAGGCCAUGUGUAAGAUGAACUCGCACUCUGUCAGCAGCGCACGUCCACUUCUCAGUCCGUUCUACGGUUUGGCUUCAGCCCUCAAGUGGUUCCUCUCCAACUUCCUACUAUUUCUCCUGGAGUUCAAUAUCUGUGGCUUCUGGCACACGGAGCAUUUUGCUGACGCCUCAGUUCAUAAGAAAAAAGGGGACAUCCUGCAGCCGUGUGACACCGAGUACCCCAGCUUUGUUUAUGAGCCGUCAGUCAAAGAGACCAACAGCAUUAUUAAGUGCGGACGAUGCCAGAAGAUGUUUGUAGUGCAGCAGAUACCAGAGAGCAACCUGUUGAUGCUGGUGGUGCAAGCAGACUGUGACUGCUCCAAACAGUACCCACCCAUCACCCUGGACCCAGAGGAAGUCAGAUAUAACUCGUCAGUUAAGUGUGACAGGAUGAAGUCUCAAAAGGUUCGCAGACGCCCCGAGUCUUGCCACUCUUAUCACGCACAGGAGAACGCCGAUGACUGUGGAGGAGCCUCUUUUAUAUCUCCGUCAACCUCUGUUUUCUUCAUGUGUCUCCUUUUUGCUGCUGUUGUUUCCUGAUGACGGAUAACUUCGCUCUUUUAUGCUUCGUCAUAUAAAGGAGAAGAUGACAAAAACUGAAAUCCUUGAGUGGAUUUUUUUUAAACUACUGAGCAGAUUCUGCACAUUUUGCUCACAAAGGCGACAGACGCAAUCUCUCUUUAAGGACCUUGGAUGUUAUGAGCAUUUGCUGUUUAACUUCAGAGAAUUACAUUUGAACUAAAAGCUGCAAAAAAGAGAACUUGCUGUACUGUUGUUGCCAUGGAUACUUUUUUCAUUUGUUAUUUUCUUGUGCUCCACAUUGUAUCUCUGAACGAAAAGGGACUGAAGGGUGACGGCUAGCUGUGAUGGGUGUUAAUGAAUAAGAAUUAAGGAUUCACACGGUACAACAUGAAAAAGUGAAAAGAGAAAAACAUGCAUUAUUCAAUUCCCAUAUCCCAAUGAGCUGUGUAUUUAUCCACACACAUGCAUAUUAUAUAUGCGUUGGAUACAUCCAGUAAACACAUCUAAUGCAUUAUCUGCAGACUUUUAUAAAUGCAGAAUAGCCAGUGAGAAGAGGGCUGCAGUAGGGGGAUACAGGGAGACACUGUUGUGUUGCUAAUGAGUCACGUUAAUAACGGACAAGUUGACACUGGAUAAGGUAAAGUAGGCACAAUUGGACUCAAUGGAUAAUUAUCUGUGUAAAAUUAAUAUGCAAUAAAGUAAAAUAGAAUGGAGUUGUCAGCGUCUACGGGAACUAUGUUUUCACUUUUUAUUUCCAUCCUAUAAAUGUAUGUUUCUGUGACUAUUAUUUUUACAUAUCUGUCUGCCUUUUUUUGUCUUUUGUCUGUCUGUACAUACUGUAACUAAUUAUGUAUGUCUGGCUAAUGGGCUGUAAAUGCUGAAAUGAUAAAUGAGCUGAAGAUCGUCACACUCUAAAAAGGAAAUAUCUAGCUUUUCACAUUAAAACAAUGCGUACAUGCAUUUGCAAUGUAUUUGGCACCAAGGAUUUACAUUUUUGAAAAAAUAUACAAAUGUUUUUGCGAUUAAGAAAUAUUUAUAGUUUUUUUUUAAAAAAUAUGGUUCAUGAACGCUCUUCUUAAGCCUUUUUUUCUUCAUUUAAAAUGUAACUUUUAUAGCAAUGCUCGCUAUUAUAGCUCAGUCACUAAAAAUAAAAUGUCACAAUAAUAAAAAUGUAAUCUCAGUGUCAAUUAGCACUAUAAAACUAGCUGCAUAUAAUAUUUUUGUAUAUAUUUGGCUGUAUGUUUUAUAUUUUGCACUUUUUGCUGAGCACUUAAAUGCAUUUUUGGCUCUGAGUGUCUGUGUAGCCUUUUCUACACUCAUUUUCAAUUGUCUCUCAAAGCACACAUAUAAGUUAAACUUAUUAAGUUUCUGAGAGUUAAUUAUUUAGCUGUCCUGAUUUUGUUUGUACUCUCCACGGGUUGACAUUGCCACAUCUAUGGCCCUAAUUUGUACUGUGUAAAUAAAAUUAUAAAUUUGGCUUUUGUUGU